AUGGCCAAGGACUUUGAAUUACGGCAGCCGAAGGAGGCAGACAGGGGGCCAUUUCAAGCAUCCAGAGCGGAUUUUGAGACAACCCGCCGACGGAAAGCACUCUGUUUGAAGAACGCUCUCACUAUUGUUGAGAGAUUUGGUAUGAAUCCUGUUUCUGAAGAAAUGGUUGCACUUGCAUUGCCUUGGCUGGAGCGCGAGCAGUACGAUGACAUUCCCGUGGAGCGCGUCGGUUACGGCAACUGUGGCUACCCUCUCUGUCUGAGACCUGCAUCAGCAACACAAUUUAAACAACAGCAAUACCGCAUCUCUGUCUCCAGGCGUCGCGUCUACGAGAUCGGCGAUCGGAAGUACUUCUGUUCCGAUUGGUGCUAUCGUGCAUCAUGCUAUCUGCGCCGUCAAAUACCCACAGAACCAGCUUGGUGUCGACCCUUACCCACCGGUCCGCUGCUUGGUAUCAAACUCCUCCCACCUGAUGCGCCCGGCCGACCAGGAAAGACUAUAUUAGAUGCACUGUACUAUCUCAGACUCAACGAUGACAUUCAAAACGAAGGCAAGAAGGAUGAAUUUUCCUCCUCCGAAGAGGGAAGCGAAAGGGAGGACACACUUGACAAAGAGGCAGAUGAAAGGGGCACCUUUUCAGAAUUUGACGAAACUAUGGAUGGGGAGGAGAACCGAAUAGUUAAACCGAGCCUUGCACCAUGGAACGAAACUGUCCCGCGGUCAACUUUGGCCAAAAUAACCGAACGGAAAAAUGUGACUGUAUCCAAACCAGAGAACUCACCAAAACAGGUAAUCGUCGAGAGGAGAGAAGUUGGAGAAGAAACUAAGGCUACUCCUGCAGAUAUUGUUUUGGCUCGACUUAAAGAGUGGUUGACAAAGGAGGCUGUGGAGAUCCUAUUCAACCAGGAAUGCUGCACCUCAACCACUUCUCGAUCACCGUCACCGCUUUCAUAUGAGGAGGAGAACCUUGAGAUGGGAUUAGCUAAUCUUUUUAAUAGUGUGGCCUACUUUUUCCAGCCUCUUUCAGUGGUAAUGCCGCUGGUUGAUUCAAUAUCGCAGUAUAGCUACCGCCUCCGUCUGUUGAUGGAAUCUCUCUUGCCAAGUUUGAAGAGGAUACUAUUUCGCUUGGAGGCUCCUUUGUCAUCGGUGUAUGAGAAGCUGCAGAACGUGCUAGCCAAGUUCAAUCUCACGAACAAGAAUCUGCACCUGCGACCGCAUGAAGCCAGUCUGAUGUGCCUUUGCCUACUGCACCUCCUUAGAGACGAUGAAACCCCUUACCCACACGAUCGUCUAGUCGAGAUGGUAGCUGCUUUCAUCGAUGUCAAUGGCAACGCAGAAAGCUUUCUUGCCAGCAUUUCGGAGUUGGCCUACAACCUCCAUGAUGAAAGCCUCAACUCCCCUUCCUAA